CACAAUAUCAUAUUUCACACUUUAAAGACACAAAUAAUUUCAUCUCAAAUUCACCCAAUAUAUAAAGUACAGGCUCCCAAUGCAGUAGAGAAAGUCCAAGCAAUGAAAGCGCAAAACGCGGUGGCUCUCUUCCUCAUAAGCUGCGCGGUGUACAUCACGCUGCUGACGUGGAAGCAGCAUCUCUCCUUCGCGGGCCGGGUGUACGACGUGCGCAUCAUCAACGGCUUCACCAGCAACUCGUCGCUGGCGCUGGUGGUGUGGUGCUCGGCCGCGGACGGGCGGGACAUAGGCGGGAGGGCCCUCCAAGAGCGCGACGACUACAGCUGGAGCGUCAGGGUGGCCCCGCUCAUGUGGAGCUCCGCUCGAUUCGUGUGCACCCUCAAGUGGGACGCGAGGAGGCGGAAGUUCGAGGCGUUCCGGGCCAGCCGGGACGUGUUUAGGUGCGGACGCGGCGGGGGGCAAUGCCUUUGGCUGGUGAGAGAGGAUGGGUUUUACUUCAGCAGUGAUGGGGUUGGAUGGAUCAAAGAUUUUGCAUGGAUGUAAGCAAAUAUAUUUAAGCUGUUUUUGUUGAGAUGUAUAAAAUCUAAAUUACUAAUUAAUAUGAAGUUUGGGCUUCUUUUUUGUUUA